ACAGAGAAACACCGGGCCCUCCUCAUUCAUACACUGGUUAGACAAGCGUUCAUGUUAUGUCACCUCUAACGAGACACUUUACGCACAACAGUAAUACCUAGAUUUCUUCGUGUGGGUCACAGAGGAGCUCCAGAAAACCAGUAUGUUUGGAGCGGUGGUUGUCGGCAUUGGCAUAGCAGGUUGGGUGAGGAUUAGAGACAUGUUAGCUCCUCUACCUGGCAGUGCUGCAGAGAAACUCAGUGUCAGAGGAUUCAUAUCCAGGAGAAGCCUGGACAGACAGCAGGGAGUGAGUCAGAUCUCAGUAGAAGAGGCUGUGAGCAGAGAAGACAUUCAGGUGGCGUUCAUCUGCACUGAGAAUGUGUCGCAUGAGGACAACAUCAGAACUUUUCUGCAGGCAGGGAAACACGUCUGUGUCGAGUAUCCCAUGACCAUGACCUACAAGGCUGCUGUGGAGCUCUGGGAUUUAGCCCAGGAAAAAGGAGUGAUUCUCCAUGAGGAACACAUCGAGCUGCUGUCAGAAGAAUACAAACAACUGAAGAGAGAGGUAGAGGGAAAAAUCCUGCAGGAAGGUACUCUUCAUUUUACUGGUGGGCCUCUGAAUCCUGGAUUCGGUUCCCAGGUUUUCGGUGGCAUUGCUCGCCUCACCUGGUUGGUCGAGUUGUUCGGUGAGCUGUCAGUAAUCGCAGCAACCAUGAAGGAAGACCCUGCUAACAACUACAGGAAGACAACUGCAAAGCUGCUAACUGCUGACAACAGACCUCUAACGUGGAUUGAGGAGCGGGGACCGGGGCUCCCCAGGGCCAAGAACAUCAACUUUCACUUUGACUCUGGCACUCUGACACAGAUGCCUUCUGCACCCAGAGGGGCUGUGGGCCUCUUCAUGCAGGACCUGAUCUACUUCUCUGACAAGUUGGCAGGACAAGUGAGUCCAGAGGAGCUCCACAGAGAGAAAAUCAGGAUCCUACACUGCCUGCUGUUGGCAGAGAGGAUACAUCAACUCUGCCAAAGUUAAAUGGGGACCCUCCAGUUUAUGAUAAUUUUAAAUCUUGAUGAAAUUGAAACAUUAAUUUAUACUAAUAUUUCAUCACCAUGCCUUUAAUUUUUUGUAUUGUAGGUUGUAAAAACUAAGUAUGAAUAAGUAUUAUUUAGCAGUAUUAUUUCAUCAGAGAUUAUUACAGUUUGAAAGCUGAGUCAUUGAAUUGAACACAUUCUGACAUGAUCAGUUCAUAUCUAGAUAUGGGUGCUUUAAAGUAGAAUAUCAUAAUCACUGGAAAUUUCGUAUGGUGCAGAAUCCAGCAAAGGUUGCACGUACUGUGUCAUCUAGACUCCAGAUCAUUAAACAUAAGGCAGCUGUUUGAUCAUGAUGAUUGUAAAAAUCUGCACACAUGACAAUAGGAGGAUCAACCAAAUGAUCCUGUGUGUGGGAGGGAAAAGGUUUCAUAUACAGCAGUCAACUUAUUUGUGGUAUAUUUGUUUAACUGGUGGAUAGCAGUAUUGACUGUUUCACAUGAAGCUUUGAAUGUAAACUUGUUUAAUAAUAAUGUUGCAUUUAAAAAAUUUAACAUACAAAGCUGAGUGGAUGAAAUACCAUUCAUAACAAUUGUUUUUGCUACUGCUAGUAGCCUACUGUUUGUUUCUGCAUUACAUCAAUAAACUUAUUAAUAUGAUGUCAAGUUUUGGGCCUCAAGUUUUCACAUGAGUAAAGUCAUUGCAGCUAA